AUGGGCCUCAACAUUGACGGAAGUCCUCUACGAAAGGCACUCGAGUCUGGCCGACCUGCGCUGGGCGUGCAGAUGGUGUUGCCCUCAGCUCAUGUUGCUCGUGUAAUUGCCGGUGUUCCAGGCUUAACAUACGUUACGAUUGACCUCGAGCAUGGCGGCCUAGCAGACAUGGAAAUGCAGAGCGCCAUCAAUUCAAUAGCUCCGUUUGGUGUGUCACCACUUGUGCGCCUUCCUUCGGGCGAGCCAUGGCUCAUCAAGAGAGCGUUGGAUGCAGGGGCCCAUGGCAUUGUGAUCCCCUUGGUAUCAACACCGGAAGAGGCCGCCAAAAUCGCUGCAGCCGCCCGGUUUCCUCCACUGGGAACCCGAGGUUUUGGAUCGACAUUCUCCCGUGACGCUUUUGGCUGGUCGUCUGACGACGAGUACCGAGAGAAGGCUAACGGGGAGGUUAUUGUGGCGGUGCUAAUCGAAACAAGGGAGGGAUACGAGAAUAUUGACGACAUUGUCAAAACGCCAGGUAUAGACGUUGUAAUGAUUGGUGAAACUGAUCUGUGUCUGUCUAUGGGUUACAAUCUUGACCCAUAUGAUCCACCAAAGGAGGUCAUAGAGGCUACAGAACGCAUAUCAUCUUCCGCAAAGGCGGCAGGUAAAUGGCAAGGAGGCCGCAUUCGUCCUUCCAGUGGUGGGGUGAAAGAGUUAAUGAGGCUCAAGCAUCUUUCUAAGCUCAGGUAG